UAAAAAUGAGAAAAGAUUGGGAAACAAUGGCUGUCAAAAUGAAACAUGCAAAACGAUUGGAUCGAUCGAAAAUUGAAAUGAAUUUUGUAUCGAAAAAUCUAUUAUUGCCUUCAUCACCAUCAUCGUCGUCAUUGUUUGAUCUUGAUCAAUAUCGUUCAUCAUUAUCAUCGUUAUGGUUGUAUGCAAUCAUUACAAAUCUAUUUUUGAUAAACAUUAGCAUCAUCAUUGUUUCCGCAUCAUCAUCAAAUAAUCAUCAUAAUCAAAUUCAAUCAUCAUAUAUAGUUAGUGUCGAACCAAAACCAUCAUCAUCAUCAUCAUCAUUGAAUCAUCAUGAUCAAUCCAGCAGUAUUGGCCAAAUAUUGUCGAAAAAAUCCAGUGAUAAUGAUUAUUGGCCACAAACAGAUCAUCAUCAUCACCGAAUUAUAGGAUCAAUAAAAAAGCUCAACGAUAUUAGACGACAACAAUUGUCAACAACGAUAACGCCUUUCAUUGAUCAAGAUGAUGAUUCCUGUUUAUUUCAGCCUUCAUUAUCCAUCAACAACAAACGAAAUAAUGAAAAAAUUCAUCACCGUUUUCAUUUCAUCAAACGACGACGUUCCUUACCAUUAUUAUAUCGAAAGAAAGCAAAAAGAUCAACAACAUUAUCACCACAUCGAUACGCCUUUUCAUCAUCUUCAAUAUUGUUGCCUAAACUACGACCAGUAGUAAAAACAAUUGUAAAUGAUGAUAGCAUUUCGUAUCAAAAACAAACCAUGAUCGAAUUAUCAAAUGAAUCAAUUGAUUCAAUGAAUAAUCCAAUUAAAUCACACCAUAAUCAUCAUUAUCAGAAUUCUCAAUAUCCAGCUCAACAACAACAGCAAAAAUAUUCCCAAUCAUUACCUGGAUUAUAUAUGCUGCCCAUUGAAAAUGUAACAGCUACUGUUGGUCGUCAAGCUAUAUUGAAAUGUGUUACAAAUCAUAAUGGUCCAUCAAAACCUGCCUGGCUUAAAAUGGAUGAAAAUUCCACACCAACAUUAUUGACACUAGGUACGAAUACAUUGAUGAAUGAAGAUGAAGGAAAAUAUCGUGUUACACAGAAUGAAAAUCAUUGGUAUUUACAUAUCAAUCGUGUACAAGUUAAUGAUCGCGGUCUUUAUAUGUGCCAAAUUAAUGCCAAAACAAUGCUCUCACAAAUCGGAUAUCUUGAUGUUUUUGAGCCACCUGUGAUAAAUGAAGAGCUUACUAGUUCCGACACGACUGUCGAUGAACUAUCAAAAGUGUCAUUAAGAUGUGCUACACUGGGUUAUCCAACUCCUUCAAUAACGUGGCGUCGUGAAGAUGGAAAAUCGCUCAAUCUUGGCCAAUAUGGUGGUAAAAAAAUUGCCGAACCAAACUGGCAAGGAGAAUAUUUAAACAUAACACAAGUCAAACGUGAUGAUAUGGGAGCCUAUCUUUGUAUUGCUAACAAUGGUGUACAACCAGCAGUUAGUAAGCGAAUUGUUCUUCAAGUGAAUUUUCCACCAAAAAUUCGUGUACAUAAACAAUUGAUUGGUAGCUAUUUAGGUAGUGAUGUUAUCAUUGGUUGUGAUGUUGAUGCAUCACCAAGACCAGAACUUUAUUGGAUAAACGGUGAUGGUAAUCGUUUGGAUAAAAUGAUGGAAAAUUUUGAUGAUGACUUAUCAUCCACAACAAUUGAACAUCAAUCAUCAACCAAUAAUCAUCAUUACAAUGUUUUUGAUUCAUCAUUCAAUGAUAAUAAUCAUCAAAUUAAUAAUAAGAAAAAAUAUCAUUUCGAACAAGAACAAAAUGGUUACCGUACAACUAUGAAAUUGAUAAUCAGAAAUUUACAAUUGGCCGAUUAUGGUAGCUAUAAAUGUAGUGGCCAUAAUAGUAUCGGUAAAAAAGAAGGAUUAAUUCGUUUGUAUGAAACACCACCACCAAUACCACCAACACCUAAAACAACAACAACAACCACGACAACAACAACGAGCACAACAAGGCCCACGACAACGACAACAACAAUUAGGCCAUUUAGAAUUAAUCGAAAACAGAAACAAAAAUCAAAAUGGACCAUAUCUAAAGAUCCAAAUAAUCAAUAUGGAUUCCCGAACGAAACACCGAACGUAUCAUCAUCAUUCGACAAUGAUUACGAUGACGAUGAGGACAUUAUUGAUGGUGAUAAUGAUGAUGAUGAUCAACUCUCUUAUUCGACAAUACGUAAAGAUAGAUCAUAUAAAAAGAAUCGUAAUCAAAGACGCAACAAUGGCGGUUAUCCAGGAUCAUCGAAAUGGACAACAAUAUUUUCAUCACUAUUAUCCAUCCCUAUAUUUGUAUUAUUAUUAUGAUUUUUGAUAAAUAUCAUCAUCAUUUUCUCAUUCCACAUUCAUACAACAUUAUCAAUUGUUUGUUGAUUGAAAUUUUU